AAUGGCGGAUGUUGGGAGCGCGGCUGCGGUGUAGGGAUGAGGCAGGAAUCCAGUGAUGAUGGGGAGGAUGUUUCACUCUUUGAUGCCGGAGACGAAGUCCCACGAAAAUCAAGAAAGAAAAAGAUCCGGCACCCGUUGGCAUGCUUUUUCCACCUGUUUUUCCGAGUCACUGCGAUAAUUGUUUACCUUCUUUGUGAAUUCCUGAGCAACAGCUUCAUUGCGUGCUUCGUGGCAAUAAUUCUGCUCCUGUCGUGUGACUUCUGGACUGUGAAAAAUGUAACCGGGCGUUUGCUGGUUGGCCUGCGCUGGUGGAACCAGGUUGAUGACGAUGGAACAAGCCACUGGAUCUUCGAGGCCAGAAAGCCAUCCAGUCAAGGCAAGACAGUCGGAGGGGAAGCAGAAUCCAAAAUCUUCUGGCUGGGUUUGAUUGUCUGCCCUAUCAUGUGGGCCAUUUUUGUCUUCAGCACCUUCUUCUCAUUUAAACUCAAAUGGCUGGCGGUGGUGAUGCUGGGUGCUUCUCUGCAAGUGGCUAAUUUGUACGGAUACAUAAAAUGCAAAGUUGGAAGUGGAAAAACUCUGACCAGUAUGGCUACCUCCUACCUGGGCCGGCAGUUUCUCAAAUCGGCAAUGACUAAAGAAGAGAGCCCUGAACCCUAAGGGAUGGAGGCAUUCGGACAAUGUAUCUUAUGGGAAAUGGUGUUGCUAAAGACAGUUUAGUGAAUUUACCUUUAGUAUCUACUGGUCCCAUAGGAAACAAAGUGUGGGACAGAAUUCAGAUAAGCAAGGACGUAGUUUUCUUCGAUUGAUCAUGCAUUGGGUGCAGGAGCCAGUUUGGGCCUCGUUUGAUUUUAUGUGGUUGAAUUGAAGAUGUGAGGGAAAUAUUUUGAAUUUUAUGAUCACUCCAGAUUGGCAGAUAUUGUAUGUGUGCACGUGUGUGUAACAUUGUCUUGUGUAUUCCCAUGUAUGUCCGUGUGUGAGUAUGUGUGGGAAGGAGAGAGGAGUAAGCCAAUAUUAAAUUUCUUUGGAUCAAACACAAAAAUGUUUAACAAAUUUUAUGCUGGGGAAAUAAAUUUUGAAGUAAUUUGUUCUGUCUUCUAAACCAAUGAUAUUGAGACUUUUGAAGCCUCCAGAACUAAGCUUAAAGCGAAAAGAUGACGUAAAGACCUUUGUAGACUUGAAAUAGCAAAUUUUAAACAGCUGCAUGACAUAAGUGUUGGUCAGUUUUGAUUUUCUAAAGCAUAGCAAUAAACUAAUACGUGACCAAUUAAUGCUACACUAUAGGUUGAGGAGCAUAAAAUCUACUUUUGUACAGAUUUGCUAUUUAUGAGAGCAUUAAAAUAUUGAAAGUUU